AUGACAUCACUACAAAUAUUAACAAUGAACAAAUUACUUCAACAGAUUCUACCGAGCUACAUUCAAGAAUUUGCGUUAAACCAUUAUUGAAUAUUCUCAGGGGAGUACAGAAACCAGUUAAACGUCCAUUGAAACCUAACGAACCUUUUCGGCUUCUAUCAGAUUAUUAUGAAAACAAAGCAACUUUCAAUGACGCCAUAGAUGAGCAUUUUUCAAUUAGACUUGGGAAUAAGAAAAUAGAAACUUACUUAUUUAAUUUGGAGGACCUUGAAAUCAAUAAAAUCGUGAACAAUAUAGAUGCCAGUGGCCAAGUGAUAUCACCAUUAAAAAUAAAAACUAGAUCAGAAGGUGAUGUACUAGAUCAUAUGAAUAAUAUUGUGCCAAUACAUGUGCAAAUUUUUUGGGAGGAAUUAACAAAGAAGAGAAUUGUUAAAUAUCCAAGUCAUGUUCUUCAAAUAGAAACAACAAUUGAUUUCUUGAAGAGCCAUAAAAACGUUCAUAUAAAUAACCUUUACAACCAAUAUUUCAUUAUAAGAAAUAAUGAUACUGUUCAUGACGUGACUGUUUCAGAAUGUUUAUUGUAUUUAAACGUGACUGAUGAUACAUUUCGAACUAUGAAACAGAAUACAUCUAGGGAACGUUCAUGGAAGGUUGAUAAGGGGAACUAUUUUUUAUUUUAUCAUAAAACAGAGGAAAAGUAUAAAUAUGAACCAAAUCCAGAUGGAUUUGUAUAUAUUGAGGAUGGAAAUUAUAUAUGUCCUAUUUACUUAUCAGAAAUUGAAUCGGGUACCAGUGUGACAAAGAAUGACAAUCAAAAUGUUUCAACUUGA